GAAAUCUCUAAAGUAUUCUCUCAAUCAAGAAGAUGGGUUGGUGCAGGCUUCAAAGUGCACUAGUUGUAGUUCUCUUGUGCCUCAACGGCUUAGCUCUGAUCCCUCAUUUUCUCGCACAAAGUAACCCACAAGACUACAUUGACGCCCACAACACAGUCAGAGCACAGGUGGGUGUUGGCCCGAUGACAUGGGACAAUGAGGUAGCAGAGUAUGCUCAUAAAUAUGGCACUCAGAGGGUUGGAGAUUGCAAUCUUGUGCAUUCUGGGGGACCCUAUGGGGAGAACUUAGCCAUCGGCGGUGCCGGCACCGACGCCAUCAACAUGUGGGUCUCAGAGAAGCCAUACUACGAUUACAGUUCCAACUCCUGCAAAGGGGAUGAGUGCCAUCACUACACUCAGGUGGUUUGGCGUGACUCUGUUCGUCUUGGUUGUGCAAGGUUGAAGUGCAAUAAGGAAGAUGAGGAGUACUUCGUCAUUUGUAGCUAUGAUCCUCCAGGCAAUUAUGAAGGCCAGCGUCCUUACUAGCUGAUGGGUCUGUUCUAAUUUUCUUGUUUUGA